AUGUCUUUCCUGUUGGAAAGCCUCAGUCUUCAUAAGACAGUAAAGAAACACUACCUGUCCCUGGCUAAAGGUGCAGAGUGCCAGGUGACGUACAUCUGGAUCGAUUAUUCUGGAGAAAAUCUACAAUCUAAAACCAGGACUCUGAACAAAAAACCAACUGGAAUCAAAGAUAUACCAGAAUGGAGUGCUAGCUGGAUGGAUGGGAAUUCAAUUGAAGUCACUUUGGUCCCGGUCAGAAUGUUUCGAGAUCCCUUUACUCUUGACCCAGAUAAACUGGUUUUGUGUGAAGUGCUUGACAGCAACCGUGUGCCCAUGGGAAGUAAUCAGCGUUCACAGUGUGCUAAAGUCAUGGAGGAAGUUAGAGAAUUUGAGCCCUGGUUCGGGAUGGAACAGGAGUACAUCCUGUUUGGUUUGGAUGGACGGCCCUUUGGUUGGGCUCCUCAGGGCACCCCAUUUACAAGAGUGAAUUGUGCUGUGGGCAUUAACCAAGUGUAUGGAAGAGACAUUUGUAUCUGUCACUACAAAGCCUGUCUGUAUGCUGGCUUAAAGAUCUGUGGCACCAAUGCAGAAUCAUUACCCUCCCAGUGGGAGUUCCAGGUCGGCCCGUGUGAGGGGAUUGAAAUGGGGGAUCAUCUGUGGACUGCUCGCUACAUCCUGCAUCGCGUAUGUGAAGACUUUAGAGUUGUUGCCUCCUUGGACGUUAAACCCAUCGAGGGCAACCUUGAUACAUCAGGCUGUCACACCAAUUUCAGCACCAAGGAGAUGAGGAGUGAAGGGGGACUUCAGUACAUUGAAGAAGCAAUCAGAAGGCUGAGCAGGCGUCACUCUCAGCACCUCCAUGUCUACGAUCCACAUGGUGGUGCUGACAACAUGAAUCGCCUAACCAGUCAAUCAUCUUCUACCUCCAGUUUCCAUGAGUUCUCUACGGCCACAUCCUGUCGUAAUGUUAGUGUGCGCAUCCCUGGCCAUGUUAGUCGGAGGGGCUGCGGGUACUUUGAGGACAGACGUCCUGCUGCCAACUGUGACCCUUAUAAUGUGAUGAGAGCCUUGGUUGAAACCUGUCUGCUGGAAACCUGUGAGGAAAAUGAUGAGGUGGAGGCUUCUUAAGAGGGGAGAAAUACAUCCAAGACACCACAGAGCACAAUAAUGUAGAGACAACU